GUUUGCUGGGGCCACGUGGUAAAUUCCGCCGGUCGUCGUCGAGCAGUUCGCACACGUUGUCUCAGAGCGUCCGCCGAUACACCGCAUUGUUUGUGCACAUCAUAUCUGCUGGUCAGGUCGCUGCGACGAAGGGACGACAGUCGAGAAGUUCGGAGUGUUGUGUGUUGAUUCUUCCUUUUUGACAUUGGUGUGUGGAUCUCGCUAUAAUGGAUAACGUCGUUAGUCAAAGGGUCAACCGUGGAUCGAUCAAGCUAUGGCCCCGUCCCAUUCACGUCAGUUCUUAGCGUGGAGUUUGCCAACUAUAGCCGUAAUACUCAGCUAUUUGUGGUACAAAAAGAAGAGAAUUGGUGCAAAAAGUGACCCAGGCGAGUUGAGCGCCGCCGAGGAAUUGAAAGCGACGGAAAACGGUGAUAAGGAGAAACAAUCGCAAUCACAGCUUGAGGAUCAAGUAGACGAGGCCCUUAAAACUCCUCAGAAAUUGUUUAACAGAUCAUUGUCGGGCGUAGAAACGUCACCGAUAGAUAUAGUGGUGCCGAAGCAGUUGCGUUCCAAGUCCAAAUCGAACCCAGUGAUCAUCAGUGACGAGGACCUGGACGUGGAGAUCGAGAAAGUCCGGUCGAUGAAAAGUAACGGCAAUUUGAGUCGUCAGAACAGCACCCCGACCAAAUCGGGUACUCCUUCGCCCGUCCAAGAGAAACAACCAUCACCAGUGAUUGAGAGCUUCAGUCCAGUCAAACAAUCCGUCGUCCAAUCGCCUAUCAAGAUCCGUUCUCCUGCCAAGGAAGCACCGAUUGUGUUCCAAAAAGUGACCCACCCCCAACAACUUAAACAGCUGCAGCAACAGCAACAGCCGACCCAAACCAACAAACAGCGCAAGAGCAAGAAGGGCAAGAAGCAGUUGAAAGCAGCAGCUGCAGCCGCCGCCAUGGCCCAGAAGGACAUCGCCGUCGUCGAGGAAAAGCUGGCCAACAUGCAGAUCGGCAACAAGGAAAACACGGCGCCGCCCAAGAACGGCACCACCACCAGACAGAGGACAGACUCGCAGCGCAGGAGCAGCGAACGCGACUCCGCCAAUCACAGUCCGGCCGACGUGAUGCUGGCCAGUCCGUCGCUGAGCAGCAUCUCCGACAACCACAGCGAGAUGGGCCGGGUACAGACGGUGAGCACAAGCAGCAACGGUAGUGCCGCGGAUGUGCGCAAGGGCAGAAGGAGGAGGAGGGGUCACAAACGGUGGAGGAAAUUUCCGACCGAGCGUGAGCACAAGAAGUCUACCGACAGUGGAAAAGGUGGCAGCGACCCGGCCACUCCCCCACCGGCACAUCACGGCGACCUAAACGCUGUUUCAACAGUCUCCAACGGGGGCGCGGCCGCCGUCGUGGCCUCCUCUCAACGGACAAUCUACGAAUUCCUUAUUCCGCAGCCGCUGGUCGGCAAGCUGAUCGGCCGCAAUGGCUUUUUCGUCGCUCAGAUCCGUGAACAGACCAAGGCUCACAUCGUCGCCCGCAACCAUCCGUCCAACAGGAAGGUCAAAUUGUGCACCAUCGAGGGCACACAGGAUGAGAUUGAGAAGGCCCUGAAGAUGGUGAGAGACAAGUUUCCGUUGAAGAGAUUCCCAGAGAUGACGCUCGAACAGGUGAACGUUAUCCAACAGUUGCCGCAACAGCCGUUGCCUUUGUUCCCCGACCAUCUUUAUUUGAAACUGAUUGAAGGCAUCAACAAUGACACAAUCUUGAGUUGCAUGGUUGCCCCCGACCACCUGUUCCUCCAACAGCCAAUGCACCCCACCUUCCCCAACUUGAACUUGCUCGUCUCGUUCAUGAAUCAAGUUUAUGCCGAAGAAGGCUUACCGACUUUACCUAAUCCUAUUCCAUUAAAUACUGUUUGCGUGGCGUAUUCCGUGAAUUCAUGGUACAGGGCUGUGACACUGUCCACGGACGAAGAGUCCCAGACCACCUACGUCAAGUUCCUGGACUACGGCGGUUACGCCUACGUAGAAAAUAGCAAUCUUAGACAAAUCAGGGGAGACUUCAUGCUGUUGCCGUUCCAAGCAGCCGAAUGUCUAUUAGCCAAUAUUAAACCCGCAGGUGGAGACCAAUGGUCCGAGGGGGCGUAUGAAUUAGUCGCAGAGGUCACAAAGGGUGCCCUAAUUUACACCCAAAUCAUCGACUACGCCGAGGAAGGCCUUCCCCUAGUGUUCUGUUAUAUAGUCUCGAGAAAUCAAGUGAUAUUCUUGAACCAGCUGCUGGUCGACGAGGGACACGCCGAGUGGCUAUCCGUCCCCUACGGUGAGGUGCAGGCGGACGAAUGCACGUCGACAAAUCUCCAACCGUUGGAAGGUGCGGCCGGCAUCACGGCGUAAGGCCGUCGCCGUCCAUCCGCGCCCCGUUCGGUCGGUUAUUAUUCCUCAGUUGUUUUAUAGUCACUUGACGAUUUCGUUUUUUUGUCAAGCUCUUGUUGAUACUUGUGAAUUUUUUUUAUAGUGCAGUUGGAUUAGUUUUUAAGUGAAGCUGUUAUAUUACGUUUUUUUUUUAAUAUGCUAAGACGAUGAGUUAUUGUUGGCCAAGUUUUUUAAUUUGAAUUUAAUCAUAAUUAAUCGUAAGUUCUUGACUGACAAUAUGUAGAUACUGGUGACUGCACUAUGUUAUUUUACAAUGAUGUAAUAUCUUUGUUGUGAUUUUGCAUUUUUUACGUUAUAUUUCAUUUUACUUUAUAUGCUUACCGAAGAUUUUAUAAGCAAAAUGAACUAUACUUGUCAUAUAUUCAUCGACUGUUGCCUUUUUGGCGACUUCAUCCUUUGUAUAUUUAAUAAUUACAUAAGAGUUGAUAAUUUCGUUGACACAUUUAUGAUUAUGUUUUUAAGGUAAUAUAGGUUUUGUUUUAGUUAAUUUUCACACAUUUUUUUUUUGUUUUUCUUUUUUUUAGAGCGCUUAUGAUCCUACUUAAGAAUCAUUCGCUCGAUAAACUUAGAAUUAGUUAUAAAAUGGGUAAUUUAUUAUUGGCCUAUAAUAUUUUAUUUAAUACUUCUAUAAUGUACAUAUUGUAUUUUGAGUAUUCAAUACGAAUUAGAGUGUCAACUAGUUUAUGUGCUGUAUAUUUUGGGAUUUACACGCUACAGAGUAAUCAAGAAUUGCGCAUCUUUGUCGACUGACUACUCGGGAUUUCGGAAAUUAUUUAGCUCUGCUUUAUAUUAAACUUUUGAUUAUUCUGUAGUUGCUUCGUAUUUAUAUUAUUCGAUAAAUGUGUUAUUAUUUUCCUUUGUGUGUUUUUUAAGUUCAGGUAAUUUUUUUUGAUGUUAAGAAUCUUUUUUUCAAUGUUAGUAUUUUGUACAUAGCAUGUAAUAUAACGUUUUUUGGAUUUGACUUAAUAUAAAAUCAAGUAAA